AUGGACCCGAGCAAAGUUCAGGCGGUCACCGAGAAGACCUACGCCAUCUACCGGCAAACAGGCGCGGCGCUUCCCCGGGGUUUGCGAAGAUCCAUCACCCCCGCAUUCGAAAUUUCCGCCCCAUCCCGGCCCCUCACCAAGAAGGCCACUGCAGGAUUCCAGAGGACAGACGAAGCAGACCGCGCAUUCUCGGAACUAAAGCUACGCUUCAGCUCUACCCCAGUGCUGCAACACUCAGAAAUUUCCCCGACGAUUAUUGUCGUGGCUCCCGUCCUGGGAUCGGCUGACGCUGUUCGGACAGACUGUGUCCAGGAGGCUGGGCAGACCCCGGACAGGCCGGCGGAUGGCGAGGGCGCGGAGGAGUCGACAGACGACGACCUCAGUUACACGGAUGACCUGAAAGACGAGAACUACAGCCCCUCGUCGGACAGCUCAGACCGGACUAGGAGGAAGCUGCAGCCUCGGUUACGUGGAAGACCGCCGAAGGAGAGUCCUGGCAAUGAAAAGCCCCCGGGGGAGCUGCGGAAGGCCAGGCAAUCGCCCAGGGAGCCGAACGAGGAGCCGGCGAAGAAAGGCAGCUCGAGCCGGACCAGGAGGAAGCUGCAGCCUCAGUUACGUGGCAGACCGCCGAAGGAGAGUCCGCCCGAUGAGAAGCCCCCGGCAGAGCUGAGGAAGGCCAGGCGAGCCCCCCGGGAACAGAGUGAAGAACCAGUGAAGAAAGUCAGGAAGAAGCCCCCGAAGGAGAUUCUCCGCUGCGAGUACGAGGGUUGUGGGAAGAUCGUGUCCAACCGCCAGUACCUGAAGCACCACAUGAAAUAUCAGCACCUCCUGCAGAAGACUUUUUCCUGCUCCCACCCAUCCUGCCGGAGAUCUUUCAACUUCAAGAAGCAUCUCAAGGAACACGAGAAACUGCACAGCGACAAAAGAGACUACAUCUGCGAGUUCUGCGCCCGGGCCUUCCGCACCACCAGUAACCUGAUCAUCCACCGGCGCAUCCACACGGGAGAGAAGCCACUGCAGUGUGAGAUCUGCGGCUUCACCUGCCGACAGAAGGCCUCGCUGAACUGGCACAUGAGGAAGCACGACGCGGAGUCCGGGUACCAGUUCCCCUGCGACGUCUGCGGCAAGCGCUUUGAGAAGAAGGACAACGUCAACGCCCACAAGAGCAAGUCGCACCCCGAGACGCCGCCGGCCCCCUCCGAAAUGGCCCCGGGCGCGGACACCCCGGACCUGAAGCCGGAGCCCGGCGCGGGCACUCCGCUCGUUUAGACUGAACUGGGGCGUUUCCUCCUCCGCCGCCCCCACCGCGGAGCCCGUUGCGGCUGAGAGGCCUGCUGGGACGGGGAGCGGCGUGAACAGUGUCUCCCCCCCCCGUACCGGGAAACGGGCGCGCGUGGGAGGGCGAGGGAUGCCGGUGAAUGUAUAAUAUCAGCUUAAAUAUAGGCCCGUCGCGUC